CAGAAGUUGCUGAGAAGCUCCUUCUGACAGAGAACAACCUCGGAAGCUAAAACAGGACGGUUUUGCAGUUUUGUCUUAAAAAUAAGCGUCGCUUUUGUUUCAUUUACGAAUUUGUCACGGCGGCAAAUUAUUGUCAAAUAACAGGUAGCGUUACGCAGUGCGCUUUUUAUUUGCAGAGUGUGUAUGUAAAGGUUUUUCCUCACCUGUCAUUACUGAACAUUUGCAGGUGAUGGCUGAACCCAGAAUAUCUUCCAUUGAUGGGAAGUUAGCUGAAGAAUUCGCUGUUCCCUCCCAUGCCGAAGAGGUGAAAGAGAAGAUGGCUGCUUUUGCCAGGCACCAUGCGGUAGCAGGUCGCAUGGUGGUUCUCAUCACAUCAGGAGGCACCAAAGUUCCCCUGGAGUCCCGCACAGUUCGCUUCCUCGAUAACUUCAGCAGCGGCAGACGAGGGGCCUCUUCAGCAGAGUAUUUCAUAGACUCAGGCUACGCUGUCAUCUUCCUGCACAGGCAUCGCUCGCUCUACCCCUACACACGUAUGUUCUCAACCAUUAACAUGCUGGACGCCCUGAAGUUCAGAGGUGGAGAGGGAGCAUCCGGUAACACCGGUGAAGUGGUGGUUAACCAGCAGGUGCUUCCGAACAUAGCGAAAGUGCUGAAGCGAUACCAGGAAGUGAAAGAAGGCAGACUUCUUCUGCCCAUUGAGUUCAGCACUCUGUCAGAGUAUCUGCAUCUACUCAAAGCAGCAGCACAGGCACUCAGCACAAUAGGAUCCAAGGCCAUGUUUUACUUGGCUGCAGCUGUGUCUGAUUUCUAUAUCCCAGCAUCUGAGAUGCCUGAACACAAAAUCCAGUCUUCCAAUGGACCUCUUCAACUCAGCAUGAACAUGGUCCCAAAGAUACUGUCCCCCCUGGUGAAGGACUGGGCACCUCAGGCAUUUGUCAUAUCUUUUAAGCUGGAGACAGAUGCAGCCAUCCUGCUGGACAGGGCUCGCCGGGCUCUGGACACCUACAGGCACCAGGCUGUUGUGGCCAACGUACUGGACUCUAGACGGGGAUAUGUGGUGGUGGUGACCCCUCAGACUCAGGUUGAGCUGAUCCUCACAGAGGAGGAUGAGAAGAAUGAGGUGGAGAUUGAAGAGAGGAUAGUGAGCAACCUGACAUCCGCACACAACAAGUUCAUAACUCAGCAAGGAGGUUGACUGUAAUCAUCGUCACUGCAUGUCUGAGCCAAUGGCAUGUAAGUCAUUGUCUGUGCUCUUACCUGAUCCUGAGCUUGGCUUAAAUUCCUACUUGCCUCUUCUCCUGAAAAGUUACUGUAUAUUCAGUAUGUUGUUUGGUUGCAUAACGUUGGUAAUAACUGUAACUAUGAACACAUCAUAUCCAUCCCUUGCCCUUUUAACAUGCUCUAAAAACAGGCCUCUAUGCUUAUAGUGCGGUCUCUGUACAGGGACAAUAUGUUAUUGAAAAUGUUUAUUCACAUUGCACAAUGAAUCUAGAACAGAAAAACAUUUUCAUGUCGUUUCUACAAUAGUGACUGACAGUUGAUUACUUCAGUGAUGUGCUUUCCUACACAGGUCACCUAUAAUAAACAUUUCUAAGUACA